AUGCGGCCGCGCCUCGCCGAGGAGCUGCGGCGCGUCGAAGACGAGUAUGAGCCCCUCGUGGCGGCGCUGCGGGCGACGCUCGACGCCGCGCGCGAGGAGUGCCGCACGCUCGCGAAGCGCAACCGGCGCCUCGAGCGCGAGCUCCGGCGCCGCGACGGCGACGCCGUGUCGGCGGAGCGCAACCGGCGCCUUGAGGACGUGGCCCGCAACCGGCGCCUCGACGAGGCCCGCGGCGACGCCGCGCGGCGCCACGACGAGUCGCGCGGCGCGGCCGCGGAGCUCGAGCGGCGCCUCGCGGCCGCGGACGCCGCGGCGCGCGCGGACCUCGCUGCGGCGCGCGCCGCCGGCGACGCGGUGCGCGCGGACCUCGCCGCGGCGCGCGCCGCCGGCGACCGCGCGGCCGAGGCCCUCGCGCGCUGUCGGGGCGACCUCGACGCGGAGCGCGGUCGGACCGCUGCGCUCACGCGCGACCUCGCCGCGGCGCGCGCGGCCGCCGGCGCGGCGACCGCGGCGACCGCGGCGACCGCGGCGACCGCCGGCCGCUCGGCGCACCCGCUCCGCGACCGGACGUACGCGUUCCUCUGCCCGAGCCGGUGCGGCGCCGAGGAGCCCCGGGCCGUGCGCGCGCGCGCGUCCGACGGCGCGCUCCACAUCGACGCGUCGCGCGGCGCGCCGUGCCCCCUGACGCUCCUCGCCGGGCCGCGGCCGCACACCUACUACCUCCGGAGCGAGGCGCCGCCGCGCGCCUACGUCACCGUCCGCGAGGGCGGCGACGGAGCGCUGCUCCUCGACGCGUCCGCGGACGCGGCGCUCGACGCGCUCGCCUUCGAGCUCGCGCCCUGCGCGGCGCCCGGCGGCGCCCCGACCCACCCGCUCGGCGGCCGCACGUUCAAGCUCCUCAACGUCUACGACGCCGGCGCCGGGCCCGAGAACGCGUUCGUCGGCCGCGCGGCGGACGGCGGGCGCCUCCGCGCCGCGUACCACGAGGGAGACGCGAUGCCGCUGACCCUCCUUCCCGUCGAGGGGCGGCCCCAUGAGUACGUGCUCCGCGGCGGCGCGCCCGCCGCGUACGUCUCCUUCGCCGACGACGGCGGCUGGCUCCACGCGCGCUACGAGCGGCGGCGCGACGCCAUGAGCGUCAGGCUCCACCUACGCACGUCGAACAACGCCGGGACGUGCCGCGGCGACCAGUUCCUCCUCUCGAACGAGUUCAAGCCGUCCAAGUACGCCGGCAAGUGGAUAUCGUUCUCGUCCAACGGGAACUGGCUCCGGUGCACCUACGACCGCGAGAGCGACGCCAUGUCCGUGAUGCUCUUCCCCGCGUAG